AUGGCCCAAAUCGAGGUCACAGGCCUCGCCGAGGUCCUGAGCGACCACGAGAACAGGAUCGCGGCGGCGCAAGCGUGGUGCGUGCAACAAAACAUCCGCUCGAUCGACGAGCUCAAGUCGCGCGGCGACGCCGCCGAGGACGCGUUCAUCGUCGCUGCCUUCUCUAGUCACCGCGUCGGGCCCGUGGACGCCGCGGGACGCGUUAGUUUCACUGGAAAUUUUCUCGACGAGCGCAAGAUCAAACAGCGCAUUCGCGAAUACCAGCCGCCGCCGCCGCCGCCCACGCGUUCGCCGCCACUGUGGGCCACGACGGAGCCGAAGCCGGCCCCGUACGAGGACAAUGCGAGAUCGCUCCUCGGCGAUGGCCACGCCGCGCGCUGCCUGCGCCUGCGCCAGACGCUCCCGCGGCUCGAGAUGCCCUGCGUCCGCGCGGCCACGGCGACCAUCGGCGUGCUCUUAUAUCGCGCCCGCGUAAGAGAGCGGGGAAUCCGCCGCCUCAUUUACGCAUUUGCGUUCGCUGUGCCCACCGACGAGGAACGACGCGCCGAGGCGGCGCGCGACGCGAAAUUCGUCGAAGAUUACGGCGGCACGAUUGGGACUGUCUCUACGGGUCCCGAUCCGCCGAUGCGGCGUGGGGCCCUCGCCGCGGCCGUCGCUGAAGCGCUCGCGGGUCCGCCGGGGAUGACCAAGGUCGCGAGGGAGAUGACCUCGCUGGCCGACUCGCCUGAGGCCUACGACCUCUAUAUUUUCGCCGACGAAGGCUUCGAAACGGUCGAAUUCCGGACGCUCCUCCAGUUCGAAGCCGCGUUUCCCGCGAUCGUGGGGUGCGAGACGCUCACCAUCCGGUCGAAGUUCGCGCGUCAGACCAGCAUCUGCGUCGGCGGGCGUGUGCGGCACAUCCGCGAGGCUGGUGGUUCCUUUGAGUCAGACGAAGCUUUUUUCACGGGCGAACUUGCGCUGCUGCCGAUUGAGCACACGUUCGCCGCGCCUCGGCGGUCCUCGUCGGGUCGCGGCUACUUCGCGGUCGCCGACCUCGCGCGCGGGCUCAACGUGCUUCCGGAGUCGUGGCGGCAGCUCGGUCGCGUGAGGGGCCUCGUCGCAUGGGAUGCUGGCGACGAUGGCAACCUCUCCUUGGGUCGCUUCGAAAGCCCGAAUGCGAGUUGUCCUAUCGACUUUGGCACGUGUACGCUGAUGGUCGAUUGGGCAUCCGCCGAGUUCUCGCUCGACGGAGACCGCGGCGUGCUGGACGUUGAGUGGUUGUUGGUCUGCGACGGCAUGUUUAACGUCAUGAGCUCGCAACCGGAGCCCCGUGAUUGUUUCGGCCAGGGGGCGAGCCUAGCCGAGAUGGACCCGGUAGAGCCGAGGCGCGACCUCCGAUGGAGCCACGAUGACGAAAACUACUCUAUUCUCGAAAAGUGGUGCGGCGAUGUGAUUUAUAGGGAGAAGGACGUCGACGACCUCCCUCUCCAUCGUCUGCGGCGCACCGUCAUCGACGCCGAGCGCUGGCUCAACCCCGGCAUUUUCCGCGACUGCCCGGAUUACCUCCCGUACUACGUUUAUGACCCUAGACUAGGGUGCCUUCUUGUUGCGCUGCGGGAGCAGUAA